AUGUCCACCUCAGCCUUUGGGGCUAUGGUGCGGGUUGAGAGCGCCUCACCAAUCGCUAACCCUGCGGCCGUCGUGCGAAAAGAUAGGCAGGGUAUCGCUCGCACUCCCUCCGAAUACGAGCUAGAGUAUAUGCGCGAAAGUCGCCAGUCUCAUGCGUCAAGGCCAAGCACCGGAGAUCAUAUGCGUAUCACACCCGUCACGCCCAGUGAGUUGGAGAGCCUUCCGGGCUCGCCUGCAGGAGACGGCGCUAUCGAUCCACUGCCAAAUCCCACCUCAUCUUCGACAACAAGAUGGCGACUUUUGAGUGCCUUUAUGAUGAACAUGGCCAAUGGCUUCAAUGACAGCGGCCCAGGUGCUCUGAUUCCGUACAUUGAGAAGGACUACAAUAUCGGUUACGCAGUCGUGUCUCUGAUUUUUGUGACUAACGCGCUAGGAUUCAUUCUUGCUGCGCCAGUCACGCAAUUUUUCGAGGCCAAGCUUGGACGCUCAAGGUCUUACGCCUUAUCAAUGAGUUUAUUGGCCGCGGGAUAUGUGAUCAUUCUCUUCAAACCGCCAUUUCCAGCCGUCGUGGCCAGUUUCUUUCUGCUGGGAUUCGGAAUCGCGCUGAAUUUGGCCUUGAACAAUGUUUUCUGUGCGAACCUAGCGAACAGUACGGCUGCUCUCGGUGCUCUUCAUGGUGGCUACGGCAUUGGGGGGGUCAUGGGACCGCUAAUAGCGACAGCCAUGGUAUCCGACGGGGUUCAAUGGUCUUUCUACUACUCCAUCAAUCUCGCACUGGCAGUGUUCAACCUAGCGUUUGCGAUGUGGACAUUCCGCGGGUAUGAGAAAGACCUGCCAAUUCAACUUCUCACCGCGCUUCAGCAAACGGCUUCACAUCAGGAGCAUGAUCACAAUGUGGCCAGCAAAAAACAACUAUUGAAGCAAGCAGUCAAAAAUAAAACGACGUUACUCGGGGCUCUUUUCAUCUUUGCAUACCAGGGUGCAGAGGUUUCUAUCUCAGGCUGGGUUGUCUCGUUCCUGAUCAGCUAUCGUAACGGAGAUCCUUCCCAUGUCGGCUAUGUCAGCGCCGGAUUUUGGGCGGGCAUUACCCUUGGACGCUUUGUGCUCUCGCAUCCCGCGCAUAUGGCUGGAGAAAAGCUUGCCGUUAUUUUGCUUGUUGUGGGAUCUGCUGCUUUCCAGCUUAUGACGUGGCUUAUUCCAAAUGUCAUCGGGGACGCGGUUUCUGUGGCUAUUGUGGGUUUGCUGCUAGGUCCAGUCUACCCUUGUGCUACAGCAGUCUUCAGCAAGUUGCUUCCUAGAAAUCUUCAGAUCUCUAGCUUGAGCUUUAUCAGCGCCAUGGGAAGCAGUGGUGGUGCCGUUUCGCCUUUCUUCACAGGCUUGCUAGCGCAGAGUGUGGGGACAUAUGUUCUCCACCCAAUCUGCAUUGGGUUAUAUGGUGUGAUGCUUGUGGGUUGGGCCUCAAUGCCUAAGGUCUCCAAGAGGUCCGAAUAA